AUGGCCGAGAAGGCAGAUGCUGCAGGGCAGGCCUUUGGCCCCGUCCUAGCAGCAGUCGCUACGAUGCAAGGAAAUGUCCCGCGCUCGGAGAAAGCCCACGCCCAUGAAUUCCUUGAAAAGUUCCAGAAAUCUGUGGAUGCCUGGACGAUUACACAUGAAAUGCUACAGUCGACGGACGUUCCUGUGGAAGCAAAAUUGUUCGCCGCGACAACAUUAAAGGGAAAGAUUAUGUUUGAUCUAGAUCAAUUGCCCGCGGAAUCAGUGGUUGAUUUGAGAGACUCGGUACUCAACCUGCUGGUGGUUUUUGGGUCGGGACCCCGGCCAGUCCAAACACAGCUUUGCGUGUGUCUCGCCAGUCUUGCAAUUCAAAUGAUCGAAUGGAAGGACGUUUUAGUCACCGUCGGUUCCUCAUUGGGAAGCAGUGCCGGCGACUGCGUGCUGGAGUUUCUCAGAAUCCUUCCGGAGGAAGUGACAGAAGGUCGCAAAAUCAAUCUAAGUGAAGAUGAACUUACGAUGAGAACGAAAGAACUGCUGGAAGACAACGCCGAGCAAGUCAUGCACCUUUUGAUUCAGUAUGCUCAGUCAUCGCCUACUGCCUCCACGAACCCCCGCCUUCUUGAUUGUAUAACGUCCUGGAUGCGCGAAAUUCCGGCCGCAAGGAUCGUUGACUCCCCGCUGAUGGAUGUCAUCGUGAAGGCCCUGGAUGACGAUGGAUCAUUUGAUGCCGCAGUGGACAGCAUGUGCACUCUAUACAGAGACACGCGUGAGGUGGAUGACUCGCUGCCUAUCAUUCAGGCCUUGUACCCGCGCUUGAUGUCUCUCCGUCCGAAAAUCGCCCAGACUGCCGAAGCGGAGGAUACCGAUGCUUUCAGAGGUGUUACAAGACUCUUUGCAGAGGCGGGCGAAGCAUGGGUUGUGUUGGUGGCACGUCUGCCGUCGGAAUUUCGAGAGCUUGUGGAAGCGGUGCUUGAAUGCUGCGCGCGAGACUGGGAGCGCGACGUGGUUUCGAUUACAUUCGGCUUCUGGUACGAACUGAAGCAAUACGUUACGUUAGACCGAUACGCCGAAUCACGGGUUGUUUACGCUGAAAUAUUCUCAAAGCUGGUGGACAUCAUGAUCAAACACCUCCAGUUUCCACACCCAGAUGAAGGUGAAUCUGAUCUCUUCGGGGGCGACCGGGAGCAGGAAGAGAAGUUCCGCCACUUCAGGCACCAGAUGGGCGACGUUCUCAAGGACUGCUGCGCCGUGAUUGGGGUCACAGAAUGCUUGUCCAAAGCAUACCAAGUCAUCCAGCGAUGGGUUUCGCAGUAUGCUUCUCAAUCAACAGAUCAGCAUGUUCCAAAUUGGCAAGAGCUCGAAGCACCCCUAUUCAGCUUGAGAGCCAUGGGCCGUAUGGUCGAUCCGGAAGAAAGCGCGGUGCUACCUCAGGUUAUUCCCCUGAUCGUGCAGAUUCCGAACCAAGAAAAAGUCCGAUUCCAAGCCAUCAUGGCGCUUGCGCGCUACACUGAAUGGACAGCGCAACAUCCAGAGACCCUCGAAGCACAGCUUAAUUAUGUCAUUUCCGGCUUCCAGCACAGUUCCGUGGAAGUUGUUCAGGCAGCUGCCUUGGCUUUCAAGUUCCUUGGUACGGAUUGCCAGAAGCUCCUUGGAGGCCAUAUUGCGCAGCUCCAUUCCUUCUAUGAAUCGGUCAUCGAUAAACUGAAACCGAGCAGUCAGGAAGAGGUGACGGAAGGUGUUGCGGCUGUAGUCGCUGUGCAGCCGCUUGAGAAGAUUUAUGAAACGAUGAAGAUGUUCUGUGACCCCAUCAUGGCUCGAAUCAUGAAUCUGGCCAACAAUGCCAAGGAUGAGCAGGGACAGCGAGCUGUUGCUGAUCACCUUCAAUUAAUCACGAUAUUCAUCGUCGUGGUGAAUCCUGCCGUGCAAGACCAAGAAAAUCCGGCCGUGAAGUACUGCGGCGAGAUCCUCCCUAUCAUGACCACGCUAGUGAUGAACUUCACAUCGUCUACGCCUAUUCUCGAACGCGUAUGCCGUUGCUGGAGAAACAUGAUCAUCACCUAUAGAACAGCCAUGGCGCCUUUACUCCCAACCCUCGCACAGAGCCUUGCAAACGGAUUCGAGGUUUCUCGGGAAGGAUGCUUCCUAUGGGCCACAGAUGCUGUUGUCCGCGAAUUCUCCGAGGGCGCGGAGUUCGUUGAUACCGCCACUAGCAAUGCAGUAUUCCAAUUCUAUGAGCAGCAGGCGGUCGCCUUUCUGCGCGCUCUCAAUGAUUUAGCACCGGAGAAUCUGCCUGAUGUGAUUGAGGACUUCUUCCGGCUUUCCUCCGAUGCCGUCCGAUUCUAUCCCAAGGAGUGCAUCACCUCGAACCUCGCAGUGGCGAUUUUCUCGGCUGCAUUGAGCGCACUUACAUUACAGCAGAUUGACCCUCUAAUGGCCACGCUGCACUACUAUCACGAUCUCUUCAGCUUUGCCUUCGAGAAACCCGCAGUGUCUGGUUUCACAGCGCCGGACGGAGAGCCUUUCUCCAACCCUCCCGAAAUCCGCGAGGCAGUGAAACAGCUGAUCGCUUCUCAAGGCCAAGUCCUCGUGCAACGCAUUCUCACCGGCAUGAUGUUUACGUUCCCCGGAGAGUGCUUCCCAGACGCAUCAGGUCUGCUGAUGUCUCUGUUCUAUUUGAUGCCUCUGGAGGCAGGAGGUUGGGUGCAGUCGACGCUCCAGAUGCUCCCCGCGGGGACGAUGAAGGCGGGCGAGGCUGAGCGGCUGUUAAAGGGGAUCUCUGAUAAAGUUCAGUCAGGAGAGACGCGGAAGAUUCGAGCUCUCUUGCAGGACUUUACCAACUCAUACCGACGUCGAAACGUGGCCCCGAGAGAAGGAUUGGGACGAUUGGAAGCCACCCGGUUCCGGUUUAGCGGAUAG